CCACAGCCACCAAUGGCAACUGAAAACCGCUUUGUUGGUUACUUCGGGUUUGUUUUUUGAUAGAGCCCAGUCGACGGCUGUGGUAAAAGGAUUAAUUAAUACUAUGCUAAUACGUUUUAAUCGUGCUUACGCAUUAGAUCUUUGAUCUCUUGUUUUUUUUAAAGCAAAGGGGAGUAUUUUGCACUUGCACCGCGCUUUUAGUGUUAUGAACAAGAUUUGUAUCAUCAGAAAGGGUGUUGAACUCUCUUUAAAUCUAGCCAAAUUAUAUGUUGUAACAUAGAGGAUUACUGUAUAGGGACGUAAAUGUACCAUCUCAUAACGGCAGAAAAUACUGUCAGAGAUUGCUGCAAGUAAUUAGUACUCAAACUUUAAUCACCAAUUGUUAGAAAAUAUACGUAACGUACGAGCUUAUAUUGUAUUGUUAAACGAUGGCAGCAAGUAUGUCUUCUUUUAAUAAUAUUACAUUGUGCGAGCUAAAUGGGGAGUUAAUAAACCCAAAUGAAAGCAAUAUGUCUUUUCGAAACUUUGAUGAAACGGAUUCUUUUUAUUAUCCCGAUGCCAAGAUUACUGUGGAUAGCCUCAAAAAGUCCCUGGGAAAAAACGAAACCGCUCAGUUAGCAUUUCUGGAACAUUCACAAACAUUAAAGUGUCGCUUACAAACUGCUUAUAAUGGCCAUGGUAUUUAUGGAGCCUUAAAUGAAAUUAACAGCUCGGCAUCUUCGGAGGCAUUGCCAAUGCUUUUUAGAUCAGUUUGUCAGAAUUUGCUUUCUGCUUUAAGAUGGGUUGGUGGCAUGCAACUGCCUAUGUUUCCUCAUUUAAACUUAUCGGAUGAGACUAGUUUAAUCGCAUCAAUUUCACAAAAUAAUGAUUGGAUUGAUAGCCCCAUUCGUUUUAUAUCAUGGCACUGUAAAGCAAAUAAGUUUGCUCUUGCUUUAAAAGAUGACACAGUAAAGGUUUACUACCACAAUAAUGAUUUAGUUCCAACUCUUAAGCAUAAGCUUCAACGCAAUGUAUCUGAUGUUCAAUGGAAACCCUUUGCAGCUUCUCUUUUAGCUGUAGCUGCUCAAACAGCUGUACUAAUUUGGACCAUUGAUCCAUGCUCAUUGUCAUCCCGCCCGUAUUCUGGCUCAGUUCAAGUUCUCUCAUUCAGGAACCACUCUCCUGUAUCGUCUGUGGCUUGGAACCCACAUGGUUACGAUCAGUUGUUCACCUCAUGUGUCCUCAGUUCAGCAAUCUUGGUUUGGAAUGUUGGUUUAAAGAAACCACAAGUUAUCCAGCAUAUUAGCAGAUGUGCAGGAGUUACCAGACUCCUGUUUUCACCUGAUGGAGAAAAAGUUCUUGCAUCAACUCCAUCAUCAUCAUUUAGAGUUUUUGAAACUUCAAUGUGGUCAAAUGAACGUUGGUCACAACUUUCUGGCAGAUUGCAAGCUGCAUGCUGGAACUAUGAUGGCAGAAUACUCUUGUUUUCACUGUUAUCUGAUCCAAGAAUAUAUUCUUUGACAUUUGGCAACUCAAAAAGUUCUGAUCAACUAACUGUUGAUGGCUCGAAACAUGCAACUGUGGUUAUAGAUCUUAGCUCCGAUGAACAAGGGGAUCAAUCAAAUGUUAUUCACUCUAUGAUUUGGGAUGAGUCUGGCUCUCGUUUAGCUGUAAUGUUUGAUAAACAUGAUUUUAGGAGUGCUCGAAUUGCUUUAUUUGCUACAUCAUCUAAUCCUGUCUUCUCCAUUACUCUAAAAGGAUACAUAGAAGGACGAAAUGGUUGCUUGCCACAAUUAAUUGCAUUUAAACCAAACUGCAGUACAGGAGCAUGUCUUACCAUUUGCUAUUCUGAUGGUAACAUAACUUAUGUACCACUGUAUUUUAAACGCUCUCAAAUAGACGUCAAACAAAACCCUUCAAAAUGUUCAAUGCUUAAUUAUUCCACACUGUCCAACCAAGCAUGUUUAAAUACAAGUCCAGCAAUUUGGAGUCAAAAACACGCAAAAAUUAUGUCAGUGUCACCAAGUUGAAACUUGUUAUAAUGGUAUAAACUAUUAUACAUGGGGUUACCAAAUAUACAAGUACAACCAUAAAAUGAUCAUGUUUCGUGAUGUUUAAACUUCCUUUUUGUACCUUGUGGUAGCAUGGGAUAGAUAACAUUUAAAUACAUUGCCAUUUCUAUUUUUUCAAAACUGAAUAAUUUCAUUUAUUUCCCUCUUUCUGUAAAUAG